AUGUACUUAAAAUGUCUUAAUACUGCUCCAAUAAUUUUAUCUCCGGCUUUAAAAUUUAACAAAUUAAAUCCUCACAAUAAUCGAGGAGCUUACAUGGAGGAAGAAAGAUUGAUGGCCCGAAAACACAAACAUCCUAGUCCUCAUACAUGA